CGACCGGAAGUGCGCCUCAUUCGGGGUGUCUUGCCGGGAAAAGGCGUCGCUUCUCGCUAGUAAACAGCAGCGAAAAGGCAGGAUAAAGACGGCGGUGGGUUUUGCGCUGCGGAGCACGAACAAAAGACCUCUCCCUUUCGGCCCUGCGGUAAAAAAGAAAAAGAAAAAAGCCGACGGCGCGGUUUCGCUUGUCCGUCGCCGUUCUCCAGCUUGUCGGGUUGCGAAAACAUCGUCGGGGCGUUAGCCAGCCAGCUAGCCUAGCAUUAGCAUUAGCAUUAGCAUUAGCAAGAAUGAUAGCGCUCAUCAACAAACUGCUGGACUGGUUCAAGGCGCUCUUCUGGAAGGAGGAGAUGGAGCUGACCCUGGUGGGGCUGCAGUACUCCGGGAAGACCACCUUCGUCAACGUCAUAGCGUCUGGCCAGUUCAGCGAAGACAUGAUUCCCACGGUGGGAUUCAACAUGAGGAAAAUCACUAAAGGCAACGUCACCAUCAAGCUGUGGGACAUCGGCGGGCAGCCUCGCUUCAGGAGCAUGUGGGAGCGUUACUGCCGAGGCGUCAGCGCCAUCGUCUACAUGGUGGACGCCGCCGACCCGGAGAAGAUCGAGGCGUCCAAGAACGAACUCCACAACCUGCUGGACAAGCCUCAGCUGCAGGGCAUUCCUGUUCUGGUCCUGGGGAACAAGCGGGACCUGCCAGGCGCUCUGGACGAGAAGGAGCUGAUUGAGAGGAUGAACCUGUCAGCCAUCCAGGACAGAGAGAUCUGCUGCUACUCCAUUUCCUGCAAGGAGAAGGACAACAUCGAUAUCACCCUCCAGUGGCUGAUCCAACACUCCAGGACCAAGAGGAGUUCCUGAGAUAAGACACGCCUCCCCAGCAGCCUAGUCACGCCCAUUUGAUCAAGCCACUCCCCCCAUGAACAUGCCCCUCCCCCUCAUGUCUUCUGUUUGUUUACAUGGUCCACAAACCACCCUCGCCAUCGUGUGCCCUGCUCUGAUUGGUCGCCGGAUUGAAGUGUUUUUUUUUUUUUUUUUCAUGGGGGCGGUGCUUUAGUUGUCUGGCUCCGCCCCCACACACUUUGUAAACAUUGCGUACGUUUGAAGAUAGAGGCCAUCAAACAGCUAAUUAGCAAAGAACUAAUUGUAUUUACCUAUCUGAAGUUUUUAUAAAGAAGUGUGUCGUCAUGGUGACGACCUUCAUCACCUCAUCCGUCCAUCUUCAUCGCCCACCCUCACCUCCUCUUCCUCCUCUCGUUUCUUUCUGGAUGUUUCCUUCCCGCUCGCCACCUUCGGGUCGGCGCGUUUGAAAAGAAACGUUUUUAUUGCACUGUUAAUUCUUCUUUUUUGUAAGAUAAGAAAAAAAAAAUGUUAAUAAUCUAACAGCUUUUUAUGUUGAUUUGUAUCUUUAUUGUCUCGCUACUUCCUGUCCGGGAAGCUAUUUAUGUGGAAAUCAGAUUAUUUAUAAAUCCCAUCCAUCUUCUUUGGCCAUUUUUAAAAAGUUACUUUCACCAAGAAAGAGUAAAAUAAAAAAAUAAAAAUGCCACGGGAAGUUUUCUGCUCCGUCGUCGCUUUUGUCAACAAAGCCAACCUCGACGAGCACCGUGUCGGUUUUUUGUCUGUGGGCUUUUAUUUUGGUGAGAAGAACAUAAAAAGACUUUUAUGACGUCACUGAGGAACCCAAGUCAAAUGUGAGGAGAAAUUAAAAAAAAAAACAAUGUGAAAACUUCAAA